AUGAAAGCAAAAGCUUGUACCGAGUGUCGACAGAACAAGUUGAGGUGUUUAUAUCCUCCUAGUGGCAUCGGCAGCUGUCAAAGAUGUUUCAAAAAAGAAUUAGCUUGUGUUUUCGACCCGAAAUUUCGUCGAGUAAGCAAACGUAAAUUAGCUGAGCGAAAAAGUGCCACAGGCUCGGCAGAGUCAGAAAUCAGGUCAAAUGGUGUAUCCUCUAGUUCAUCCACGACUAAUUUAAACCCUAGUAUACCCUCUUCAGCUCCACCAUUGCACAGUAUUGCUAUUACUCAAGAUGGUCCUACUGGUGAGCCACCGAAGACCAGUCUCGACAUUCUGGACAUGCCCGAGCAGCUAGAAGUAACACCUUGCAAAUCAGACAAAAUAAUAGAAGGUUCGAUAUCCAUCACGUCUGAAGACGUUACUCGACUAUUUAAUAUCUUUUUGAAAAAUCACUUAUACUAUAUGCCAUUGGACAUCUGUCUUGACUGUGAAGCUAUAUAUGCGCGGUGUGAACUACUUUUUUGGACCAUUUUGGCAUUAGCAGGUAGAGACUUUCCUCUUAUUUCUCAUAUCCAGGAAAAAGUUAAACAGUUAUUGAAGGAUACAUUAUUUGAAGCAGUACGGUCUGUGGAGGUAGUUCAGGCACUUUUACUAAUAUCCGGUUGGCCGCUGCCAUACAAAACUCAACUUGAUGAUCGUUCCUUCACCUGUUCCACAUUAGCACUUCAGUAUUCCAUGCGAUUAGGCCUUCAUAGACCAACGUUUGCUCACGAGUUUAGUUCGCGUCCCGAAGUGUUACAAUUCGGAUCAUUCAAAAGAAUGACUACUUGGAUGGGUUGUUUUCUGGCGGAUGGCCGUGAAGCCAUCAGAUUGGGGCUUCCUACUUUCCUUGGCGCUGAUUAUACGCUGCGACAAUCCUUUCAAGAUGUUCGUAUACCCGAAACGUUACGAAACCUGUGUAUUUUGGCAGAACACACAGCGUCAAUGAACAAAACGUUGGGAUCUGGUGGUGAGAAUCUGACCGGAUUACUGGAGCCAAGUCCUAGACUAGAAUUGGUCAAACAAUACAUAGGCAAGCUUGAUUCGCUUUUUGCCACGGACCAGUUCCUGAGAACAAGAAAUACAUAUAUCGAGGUGGUUUAUUUAACAGCUCGAUUACAAGUAUUAUCGUAUAUUCUCACUGAAGAUAUUCUCAGCUGGUCUGUGGAUGCGCUUGAAUUUGUUAAUAUUGCACUCCAUGACGCUUCAAGAGUAAUCAGAGUAAUCGCACACUUGCCAGGGCUGGAAUUUGCUCCUACAAUGGUUUUCAGGUAUAUCAUUUAUGCUGCUCUAGUAUUAUUACGUAUCUUGAGGACAUGUGAAGCUGUAGCAUUGGAUAGGAAGUCGAUUUUAUCCGACCUCACCAGCGUGUAUCAAACUCUUGAUAGGCUGCAUUCUGGAUUACGCAAUGACGAGCAUAUUCUCAUGACGAAAAAUUUCCUUCAAAUAUAUUCGAAUCUCAAGGAUGUUAAAGUGACCCAGCCUAUAAAAUCAAGGGGUCCGGCAAAUAUUGUGUACGAUGCGGUUCGAAUCACUCGAGAAGCACAGGCGAACCAUCUCAGACAACAGGAAAAAGGACUGCUGACCAGACAACAGGGUAAUCAAACUGAGGAACACAAUAGACAAGAAAAUACUUCAUUUCUUGCCAGCCUUUUACAAAAUGGCGGUUUUGGCGCCGUUCCUAAUGAGAAUGGCGAAACUGCCAUGCUCCCUGCUGAUCCAACCAUGGUUCCAGAAAUUGAUGAUCAGUGGUUUAAUGAAAUAUUCAACCUAGUAUAUUACAUGUAA